AUUAUAAAUAUGAGGGGUAGAUCACUAGUACUGUAGCAUUUCAUGAAUAAUGAGUGAAAUGGGACCAGAUGGAAAAAUUAUAAAAAGAAUAUUACAUUCAUACCUAAAUUAGUUAUCUGAUUUAAUUAUACAAUGAUUGUCUGUGUAUCAUGUUAAUUAUAUAGAUAAACAUCAUUAUAAUCAUCAUACAAAUAAUGGGUAAAAAAUGUGCUUUUCCCCGCAUGCUCCUGUGUGUGUCCCUCAGUGGGGUCGGGCUGCUUCAUAUCUGGCAGCCAGUGGGGCUGUGUGGCAGAACGCUGGGAGGGAUGGAGCCAUUUUCUUAUAGAAUAAAGAUCUGAUGUUGCUACUGAUGAUCUUCUAUGGUAAUGAAGCCAAGCCCACAGUACAAGUGAGUCCUGAAUAUUAUUGCAGAGCCCAGUGCACACUGGCGGAUCCAGAGAAGGUCUCAGGAGCGCUGAUUGAUGUGGCCAAGCACCUGGGCAAUCUGAAGUACAGAGUGUGGGAGAAGAUGCUGGGGACUGUUCAAUACACUCCUGUGACUCUGGACCCAAACACAGCACAUCCCAAACUCUCACUGUCUGAGGAUCUGACCAGUGUGAGACGCAGUGGUGAGAAUCAGCAGGUUCCUGAUAAUCCAGAGAGAUUUGAUAAGUGGUGGUUUGUGCUGGGCUCUGAGGGAUUCAGCUCAGGGAGACACUGCUGGGAUGUAGAUGUGGGGGGUGAUGACUGGGUGGUGGGUGUGGCUAAAGAGUCCUUCAGCAGGAAAGGGGAUAUGGAUCGGAGUCCAGCAGGAGGAGUGUGGGGUAUAAGACAGCGCAGAGGGACAUACACAGCCAUGACAUCCCCACCUACAGCCCUCACUGUGCGGAGGAAACUCCAGAGGGUCAGAGUGCAGCUGGACUGGGACAGGGGGGAGGUGUCAUUCUCUGACCCCAGUACCAACACUCCUCUCUACACUUUUAAACACUCCUUCACAGAGAGAGUGUUUCCAUUCUUCCGUCCUGUUUCUCUGCAGAUCUGUCCACUGAAGGUGUCUGUAAGAGUGGAAUAGUGCUGUGGUUUGUGGGCAAGGAUCAGGUGACCAGACUACUUCUUUCACUUUGACAAGAUUAAUGAACAUAUUUGCAGAUAAUAUCUUUUACAAUAUUUUAUUGAAUCAAUUAUGAAAUAUAGAUCCAUUUCUGCAGCAGUUCAUGAUGAAUAUAACUUUGAAAUCUCAUGAUGUUGCAGUAAAAAUCAGGUUAAAAGAACUGCAUUCCAUCACAUCUGAGCAGGAUUCAUUAAAAUAUUUGCCGGUCAAACAGCAUCAAAUAAAAAAUAUUAUUUUAUUUGAAACGUUCUGUAGUGUUUCCAUGAGAAGUGUCUAAUUUCUUUUCACAUAACUUCCCAAUGUUAUCACUGAGUAAUAACUGUGCUAUAUGGUGGUAGUGUAAGUGUGUGGGUUUGUGUGUAAUCAGUUGAGAUGUAAUAAUAAAUAAUAAAUCCACCAGUG